AUGCUACGCUGCCUCAUCCUGAUGCUGAGUCAUUGUGGCGGCGAUGUGACUACGAUUGCUGCGAUGUGGAGCUGUUGCGACGGUCUGUGGCAGUCUCUCAACAAGCUCGUGGUGCUCUCUGACCUGGUGACGGGAUGUGUCGGUAAUCCGCGGCGGGCAACUUUCGACGCUUGUGCUGUGGUUUACGGCUCAUGGCUCACAUUAGAUCCUGGUGGUCAGCUCCUCUUGCUGUUGCCUGUUAGGCAUCACCUUACUGCUGAUGCCGCAGGCUCCGGGUCUGGCUUCGUAGUCUCCAUGGCCACGGUGUGGGAUAGCUCGCACAUGCCACGGGUCUGCUGGGAUUUUCUGUUCUCUUCGGGUGGAACAUCUACCGUCAACAACUUCGUCGGCUGA